CCAACCCCGGCUUUUUCCCCGGACAGUCUCCCCAGGACGGGCGGUGCGGUGUGCGGGCGGUUCGGACGGGCUUUCCUGGCCGGCUGUUUCCCUCGUCCUCCGCUCAUGGCUAAUUAUAUUCACCUUCCCCCGGGCUCCCCCGACGUGCCCCGCCUGGAUGUCACCGUGCUGGAGGAGAGCGGCUAUCGGGAGGGGGCCAUGGUACUGCUGAAAGAGCUCCGACCGCACUGGAGGCCCGAGGACGUCACCACUCAGGUGUUUACUGACGGCAUAACCAAUAAACUGAUCGGUUGCUAUGUUGGCGACAUGAUGGACGAUGUAGUCCUGGUGAGGAUCUAUGGGAAUAAAACGGAGCUGCUCGUGGACCGUGAUGAGGAGCUGAAGAGUUUUCGGGUACUGCAGUCUCACGGCUGUGCUCCCCGACUGUACUGCACCUUCAACAAUGGGCUCUGCUAUGAGUUCAUGGAAGGGGCUGCCUUGGAUCCCGAACACGUCUGUAAUCCUAGCAUUUUCAGACUCAUAGCCCAACAGCUCGCUAAGAUCCAUGCCAUUCACGCCCACAAUGGCUGGAUCCCAAAAUCCAAUUUGUGGUUUAAAAUGAGGAAGUACUUCGCUCUUAUUCCAACUGAAUUCGAAGACUCCGUCAUCAAUGAAAGGUUUGUUCGCGAUGUUCCGAACCGGCAGGUCCUGCAGCAGGAGAUGGCAUGGAUGAAGGACGUGCUGUCCAAUUUGGGCUCUCCUGUGGUUCUGUGUCACAAUGAUCUACUGUGUAAGAACAUAAUCUACAAUGAAAAGAGAGGUGAUGUGCAGUUCAUCGAUUAUGAGUAUGCUGGAUACAAUUACCAGGCCUACGAUAUUGGCAAUCACUUCAAUGAGUUUGCAGGUGUAAACGAGGUCGAUUACAACCUGUACCCGAACCGGGCCUUGCAGCUCCAGUGGUUACGCUCCUACCUGGAGGCCUUCAAAGAAUUUAAAGGCUUUUCAGGGGACGUCUCUGAAAAAGAAGUGGAGGUUCUCUAUGUACAAGUCAAUCAGUUUGCUCUGGCCUCACACUUCUUCUGGGGUCUCUGGGCUUUGAUUCAAGCGAAAUAUUCCAGAAUCGACUUUGACUUCUUGGGAUACGCCAUAGUGCGGCUCAGCCAGUACUUCAAAAUGAAAUCGGAAGUGAUGGCGCUGACCCUUCCCGAAUAGCCCGAGCGAAGAGAAAGCAGAGAGCGUUGUUCAUUUAGGCUACACACGACAUGGCACUUCAAGGACUCUCCUGGGACCAGUCUGUAGUCCCAGGCCUUGCUCCACAUUCUCCUAUUGCCUUUUUAGACAAAGCCUUUAAUCUGAAAUUAACUUGUAAGCAAACAACCAGAGGCUUUUAUUUAAUAUUUUAUGUAAGUUAUUUAUAGUGUUGAUUCCAAUUUGUCUCCUGAUACCGUUUGUAUAUC